AUGGUGUCUUUCGGCUCCUGCGUGUUGUUGCUGGAGGCGGGCGUGUUCCUUAUCCUGGCCGUCGUCUCCGGGUGGGAGUUCCACUGGAGCAGGCAGGAGUCGGCUGUCGCUCGGCACCAGGACCAGCGGGGGGGGGGGAUGACCCUGCUGCAGGCGGAAGAGGAGGAGAGCAGCAACAACGGGACCAGAGCCCGUCACCAAACCAACUUCAUCCUGGCCGGGGCUUGCACGGCCAAAGCGAUCUCCCUCGGGGUAGUCUGGGGCACCGGCGGCUGGGUGCCCUUCACGGCCGUCUCGGACCUGCUCUACAUCGCCCUGUUCGGCUCCCUGAUUCUCCUGUACGUCGAGAUGAGGAACAUCUUGGCCGUCGCCAGCAGCCACCGAACGGUCAGGCUCGGGGUGUUCCUGAGCCUGGCGGGCGUUCUGGUGGUGUCUCUUGUCAUCUGCACGGCGCGUUGGGCCGCCGACCCCGCUUCCAGGAAGUCCCUGGCGCUGAGAAAGUUCUUGUACCUGGAGCUGGGCAUAACGUACUUGGCCAUGUUCGUAGCCUUCAUGUACUUCGGAGUACGUGUGUGCGUCGGCGUGGCGGCGCCCAACAAGAGACUGUUACAUCGCGUGUUGGUACUCACGGCCGUCUGCGGAUUGGCCAUGUGUUCGAAGGGGGCUUUGUUGGUCGCAGCGGCGCUUAACAACAGCGACACGAGCGCGCUGUUCCCACCCAGUCUGGGAAGAUACCGCUUGGAGGCGUUGAUGGCACUGGAGGAAUUGGUACCAUCCAUCGCCAUCGCGUACCUGACGGCUAGGGGAAAGGGUCGCCGGUAUCGUGCCCAGGUGCUUCCUUCGGAGAGAACAGGUUUAGCGCGGUGUGACAGCCUCGACUACAGCAGCAUCAACUUCACCUACGGCGGGAUGGUUCCCUCCGGUACCUCGGGGACUCGCGUCGUUCCCUAUUCUCCACUCUUGUACGGGCCGUCGUCCAUCGACGAACCAUAG